AUAUUUUCAAGUAUUCUUGCUGAUCGCUGAUGGAGAGGAAUGAAGACAGCUGAAGAAGACCCAGUUUAGUAAUCGGGUCAACUCUCCAAAAACUUCAAUCCCAAAUUCCCAUUCCAUUGUCUGAAACUCCAGCAUGUAGAAGUUCCGGGGAACAAUAAGUGUUUGAAGAAGAGCCGCUGAGAUACGAUGGCGGACGCCGCUGUCGAAUUUCUACUGGAGAACCUCAAGCAGCUGCUUCUCUACAACGCCAACCUGAUUCUCGACAUCAAGGUCCAGGUUGAGUUCCUGUACAACGAUCUCAGCUUGUUCAAAGCUUUCCUCAAGGACUCCACGGAGAAGCGCAGCAAGCAUGAGACUUUGAAGGAACUGGUGAAGCAGAUCAGAGACGUGGUUUACGAGGCUGAAGAUGCCAUUGAUACGUUUGUGGCCCACGCGGCUGUGCACAAGGCCCGGAAGCAUAUCGAGAAAGCUUUCCACAUAUUCGAUUAUCCGGCGAAGCUCCGGAGCGUGGCCAAGGAUAUUGAGCAGAUCAGGGCAAAGGUGAAGGAUAUUUAUGAGAACAAGAAGUUUGGGUUUGAAGCUCUCCACGUUGGUGAUGGAGCUGACAGAGGAACUAAAGAGAAAAAGCCUCCUAUAGUUGAAGAAGACAAUGUUGUGGGUUUUGAAGAUGAGGCAGAAAAAGUGAUCAAUCUUCUCACUGGAGGAUCUGAUGAACUAGAAGUUAUCUCAAUUGUUGGGAUGCCUGGCCUUGGUAAGACAACACUGGCUAAAAUGAUUUAUCGUGAUCCCAAAAUUGAAUAUGAGUUCUAUAGUCGUGCAUGGAUUUAUAUUUCUCAAGAUUAUAGCAGAAAGGAAGUCUUCCUUAAUAUUCUGAGUAAUUUCACCCAACUUACUGAUUCCAUGUAUAAGAUGAAUGAUGAAAAUUUGGCUAAAGAGCUCUGUAGAAUUUUGGAGAAAGGAAAAUAUUUGAUCGUCAUGGAUGAUGUUUGGAGCGAAGAGGCCUGGAAUGAUCUCAAGGUUGCCUUCCCUAAGAACAACAAGCGGAGUAGAAUAUUGAUAACUAGUCGUAUUAAGAGAGUUGCUAGGCAUGCUAAUCCCAGCAGGGAACCUCAUAAUUUGCGUUUUCUAACGCCUGAUGAGAGUUGGAGGUUACUCCAAAGAAGGGCACUAGGUGCAGAGAACUGCCCGGAGGAGUUAGUUAAAGACGGAAAGCAUAUAGCCAAUGAAUGUCGUGGGCUACCACUUGCAAUAGUGGUAAUUGGAGGGAUUCUGCUACAAAAAGGAACAGACUGGUGGGAGCAAGUUGCUAAAAGUGUUGAUGCAUAUAUUGCCAUGGACCAGGAGAAACGUAUGGACAAUUUUAUAGCUCUAAGUUACAAUCACCUACCUUACCAUUUAAAAGCAUGCUUUAUCUACUUCGGGAUGUUCCCUGAAGACUGUGAGAUUCCAGUGUGGAAACUGGUUCGCUUGUGGAUUGCUGAGGGGUUCAUACAGCAGAAGGAGGAAAUGAGCUUGGAGGACAUUGGAGAGGAGUACUUAGAGGAUCUUGUCAACAGGAAUUUAGUGAUGGUAGGACUGUACAGAUCAAAUGGUAAAAUUAAAACAUGCCGUAUUCAUGACAUGCUGCAUGAAUUUUGCACGAAGGAAGCGAAAGAAGAGAACUUUUUCCAAGAAAUUAAGAAUUUUGAUCAAUGUACCUACAUGUCUUCCAACCCUGCCUUAGAAAGGUACCGUCGCCUUUGCAUUCAUUCCCGUGUUUUGAACUACAUUUCCACAAAACCAGUUGGUCCACGUGUUCGUUCCUUCUUGUGUUUCUCCAAUGAGGAAACAAUCUUACAAGCAGAGCACAUUUCAUCCAUCCCUGGAGCAUUUAAACUGCUUAGAGUAUUAGAUGCUAAAUCUAUCAUUUUCACGCGUUUCCCAACUGAUCUUACUCAACUGGUUCAUUUGAGGUAUAUUGUUCUUUCUAGUAAUUUCAAGGUUCUACCUGUGGCCUUCUCCUCCCUCUGGAAUAUUCAAACUCUUGUCAUUGUAACAUCUUCACGUACCCUUGAAAUUAAAGCAGACAUAUGGAAGAUGAUUCAGUUAAGACACUUAAAAACAAAUGCAUCCACAGCUUUGCCAGGUCCUCUUUCCAAAUCAAGAAAAAGUAAAGAUGAUGCUCUGAUGAUUGGGAGCCUACAAACACUUUCGACUGUAUCACCUGAAAGUUGCACGGAAGAUGUGUUUGCUCGGGCUCCUAACCUGAAAGUUUUGGGCAUUCGUGGUCAGUUGGCUAAACUUCUGGAAAACAAGAGCGGAAGUAUGUUGUUUGAUAGUUUGGGGAAAUUGAGUCAUCUUGAAAAUUUAAAGCUACUGAACGAUGUAUUUCCUCGCCCACCUUCUGAAGGAAAAUUGACUAACCUUCCGCAGAGGUAUAAAUUUCCUCCAAAGCUGAAGAAACUUACUUUAUCGGAUACCUUACUUGAUUGGAAUGACAUGUCGACCCUGGGAAUGUUGGAAAACCUUGAAAUCCUUAAAUUGAAAGAUAAUGCAUUCAAAGGGGAGUGGUGGCAGCCGGAGGAUGGGGGUUUCCGAGCUCUCAGAAUUUUGCAUAUUGGAAGGAGUGACUUAGUUUCUUGGAAUGCUUCGGCUCGUCACUUUCCCAGACUUAAACAUCUUUUUAUUAAACAUUGCAGUAGCCUUGAAGCACUCCCAUCAGGUUUUGCAGAUAUUUCAAGCCUCCAGCUAGUGGAACUCUACUGCACCACCAGAUCAGCAGCUGCUUCUGCUAGAAUAAUUCAGGAGAAGAAAAAACAGAUGCAAGUCGAGCAAAGCACAAGAGGCACCGGAUUUAAGCUGUCUAUUUAUCCCCCAGAUCAAUAAUCUGAGCUCCAGCAUUUCUAGUCUGACAGGUGGGAUUUUCAACAACCGGAAAUGCCAAAGAUGUGAAAAAAAUGGAAUUAGAUGGUGGAGCAUUGCUCAGUCUUGUUGCACCUGCCAGAAAGAAAGAAACUUUGUACUUCAUUUGUUGUUGUCUUGGGCUGCACAACAUCCACAUUUUCUGUCAUCCAACGUGCUCAACUUGUGUCUACCACUGUGUUUUUUGUAUUCGAAAUUGCCCCUCUGUUUUGUGAUACUUGUGAGUUACUUCAAUAAUGAAAUUUCAUGAAUAUUCAGUACAAAGAUUUGUGUUGUCA